CCUAAAUUUAACUCAAAUUUAAACCUCUCUCCCAGCUUUGGUCCUCCUGCAGUUCCAAGUCCUCACUCUGGCCGCCGCAUAGCGCUGCCGUUUUGUCCUCUCUUCUUUCUCUAGCCGCCGCUGUGUUGUUUUCUCAUCGCCACUGCUCUCUUUCUAUUACCAAGUUAGUCCAGACAGCCACCAAAGAAGCCAAGUAACGGUGAAAAAGAAUGAGGAAGCUAAAGUUUCAUGAAAAGAAGCUUUUGAAGAAGGUAAAUUUUUUGGAAUGGAAGAGGGAAGGGGGUCAAAGAGAGAACUUGGUUAUGCAACGCUACCACAUUACUGGACGGGACGAUUACAAAAAAUAUUCAGGUUUAUGCCAUAUGGUUCAGAAGUUAGUUAACAUAUUGAAACAGAUGGACGCAAAGGAUCCUUUUAGGAUUGACAUGACUGACAAGCUUUUGGAAAAACUCUACAACAUGGGCGUUAUUCCAACCAGGCAAAGCAUCACACUAUGUGAACGCUUAACUGUCUCAUCCUUCUGUAGACGUAGGCUCUCAACUGUUCUGGUGCGAUUAAAAUUUGCUGAACACUUGAAAGAAGCUGUCACGUACAUUGAGCAAGGGCAUAUAAGGGUUGGUCCAGAGACGGUGACAGACCCGGCUUUCCUUGUAACUAGGAACAUGGAAGACUUCAUUACAUGGGUGGAUUCAUCCAAAAUAAAGAGAAAGGUGCUUCAGUACAAUGACAAAUUGGAUGACUAUGAUUUAAUGAAUUAAGUGGAAGGCUAAAUGUCAGCUUAUUGUGGUUUGCUCUCAAAAUAUGAAAUCUGGGAUGAGUUUUUUUUCCUUGCGGGCGGUGGUUGCUUGGAUUUUAAUGGGAUUAUUUUAAAUUCUAAAUUCAUACCAGAUUAAGUUGAUGAUGAUGUAAUGAACCUGGAAAUUAGUGAAUCAGUGUUUAAAAAUUAUCGGCAUUUUUCCAUUCAA